AUAAAUAUGAUUGACUAGCUCGUCCAAUCGGGCAGUAAAAUUUUGAAUUUCGUUCGCCAAGCCAGUCAGUCCAGUCCAGUUCAGCCAGUCCAAUCCGCAGGAGCAGUCAUCGCAAGGGAGCCAUGUUGGUCAAGGUCUUAAUGUUCGCAUUGCUCGUGGCCCUGAGCCAGGCGAAGCCCCAGCUGUUGGUCACGACGCCAGUGAGUUAUGCCACCGGAGCGGGUGCCUCUUGGCUAACUCCCUCCUCCGCCGCCUACUAUCCGGCGUAUGCCAGCUAUCCGGCCUACGCGGCGUAUGCGUAUGCACCGGUUUAUGGCGCAUACGCCACGUAUCCCUACUUCUCCUAUCUAGGACGAUAAAUCCUGCCGCUGUGGGCUAACUGGCAUACUCAGUAAAUUCGUAGGUAUUCCGAGUUUGUGUACAGUGUUUUCUGCUGGAAAAGCAGCUAAAACCAUUGCGAUUGGAUACAUACACCUAACCUUAUUGUAAGAAAUUAAUAACUUUUUGUUUGGUAUAUAUAAAUUAUUACUUCAACUAAAUGCAAUUGCUUUGAAGCUAUUAAUAAUAUAAAAUUUAAAGUGUGCUUUGUAAAAAGGCUGUUCUUAAGUUUUAUUACGCAAAUCCAUAGCUUUCUUUAAAAACUUAAAAUUGGCCCACCUUUAUAUAUCCUUUUAAGAUUAUUAUUAAACAAGCCUUGUAAAAAGUAAAAAAAAAACUAAAACAAAUAACUGUCAACUCGAAAAGUGCUAAAAUAAACUGAAAUUAAAUCUAAAA